AUGGGGGAAUCAGAAGCAAAAGUUGAAGCAUCAUUGAAAGAUCAAGGCAAUGAGUUUUUCAAAUCAGGGAAUUAUCUCAAAGCUGCUGCUCUGUAUACUCAGGCCAUCAAGAAAGACCCCGAUAAUCCCACUCUUUAUAGCAACCGUGCUGCUGCAUUCCUGCAUUUGGUUAAGCUUAAUAAAGCACUUGUCGAUGCGGAGACAACUAUCAGUUUGAAACCAGAUUGGGAAAAGGGUUACUUCAGGAAAGGGUGUGUCUUAGAGGCUAUGGAAAGAUACGAUGAUGCCUUGGCUGCAUUUGAGAUGGCUCUGAAGUACAAUCCCAAGAGCUCAGAGGUGUCAAAAAAGAUCAAGAGGCUUUCACAGCUGGAUAAAGAUAAAAAGCAAGCUAAAGAAGUGGAAAAUUUGAAAGCAAAUGUUGAUAUGGCCAAGCAUUUGGACUCGGUGAAAUUGGAACUGUCAGGAAAAGGUGGAGCUGACGAGAGUUCAAAAGAAAUUUUCUCUUUCCUGGUUGAAACAAUGGAGACGGCCAUUAAAUCAUGGCAUGAAACUUCUAAGGUGGAUGCGAAAUUCUAUUUUCUUCUUGAUAAGGAAAAGACUGACACUGAAAAAUAUGCUCCUGUGGUCAAUAUUGAAAAGGCUUUUGAAUCUCCCCAUACACAUGGCGAUUGCUUCUCAUUUCUCAGACAGUAUGCUGUAGAUUCUGUUGCUAGAGCUGCUUGCUUGGUGACACCAAAGAGUAUUAUAUCAUACCCUCAGGUGUGGAAAGGACAAGGGUCCAGGAAAUGGAAGCAUGGACAAAAUGAUGGGUUUUUCGUUCAAUUUGAAACUCCUUCCAUUCGCAAGUUAUGGUUUGUUCCUAGCUCUACUGAGAAUGGACAAAUAUUAUGCAGGGAUCCGGUGGCAUUAGACAUCAGUGCGCAUGAGCUUAUUCCACGCAUAUUCAAGGAAGCGUAG